CCGCGAAAGACGAAGAAGAGGCAGCAUUGUUGUUGGUGGGCACAACACAACACACAACACCAACCUUGCUUGCUUGCUUGCUUGUCUCGUGUUGCCUGUGUGUUUGCCUGUGCACUUGUGUGUUUGUUGUGCUCACCUGCCCGGACGUGCACGGCUUUGCCCGUGCUGUGGACCUAGGCUGUCGUUAACAAGAGGGGGAAGGAAGUGCACACGCGUGAACAGUGAGAGACUUGGCCAAAGGAAGGAUUCACAGUCACCAUGACCGACAACGACGGUGACGGAGCUGCGUUCUCCGCUGACGAUGGCAGCAGCGUUCGACUGCGCCCCAAGCGUCUUUCUAUGGCGGACACCUACCUGCCGGAGCAGCAGCGCGACACGCUGCAGCAGGAACGCCUUGCAGCAUACCGUGAAGACCUUGCCGAGUGGCUCGCAGGGCUGUUCCACAUGAACAUUACCUCUGACACAAUCAUGACGGACCUUGACAACGGCACGGUGCUGUGUCAGUUGGCGGGGCUGAUUGAAAAGGGAGAAAAAGAAGGCUCCUCCAUCGUCAACAGCAGCGUUGUUCGCGAUAACAUGGGGAAGCCAUCCUACACACCAGCGCCAACAACAUACAUGCGCCGCGCUGCGUCUGGGUCGUUUCAAGCACGCGACAACGUGUGCCGGUUCAUUGAAUGGCUCAAGGGUGUUGGCGUUGCGGACUCUGUCCUCUUUGAAGCAUCCGAUCUCGUCGACCACAAGAACGACAAAAACGUCCUCUACAGUCUGAUGGAGUUGGCGCGAAUUCAGAAAGCCGUCGCCCCGCCCAUGCUUGUUGAGAUUGAACGGAACAUUGACAGGAUGGGAAGCAACUUCAAGCUCACCGACGAGGAAGAGCUUGGGCUUGAGCACGACAUCGCCAUGAUCCUGAAGAAGACGAAGAAGGAGUACCUGGUACCGCAGCGCGUUGGGCCUGGCGAGUACAGGUUUGGGCACAUUGGCCCCUUCAAGGUGGCCAAGCUGCGCCGCCACGUCAUGGUUCGCCUGCCAAACACGUGGGAUACGCUGGAGCACGUGUUGUACGUGUACGACCCAACCCCGACAUCGCGUGUUCGUCGCAGAAACAGCCAGGUGAUGGACGUGGUGGAGGACAAGGAGCGUGAACUGAGCAUUGCGGCGGCGCUUGCGCGGCGACACAGCAGACAGGGGUCUGUAUCCGAUGCCCCCACGCCCAUGCGCCGGUUGUCCAAGCACAACUCGAUUGAGGAGCUGAGCGAGGAUGCCAACGACCUGAAUGCACUGCGCAAGCGCCUGGCUGAGCUGGAGGAGGCAUUGGCACGCACCACGACAGAGGUCAAGGCCCUGGUGGACGAGCGAACGAAACUGCAGAAGAUGUACGACGAAGAGAAGGCGCGAACGAGCGAACUUGAGGCUGAGCUGCAGGAGGCGGCAGCUAGCCAGGGCGAUCAGGCCUCGCUCCAACGCGAACUGCACACGCUGCGAGACAUGAACAACGACCUGAAGAAGAAGGUGUCAGACAUGUCGGAUGCAGUGCAGGCAUCAGAUUACUUCAAGGGCGAGAUGGAACGGCUGCGGCUGGAGGUGAAGCAUCUCUCUGAGCGCCACGAACGCGAACUCAACUCGCGGGUGGCGCAGGCUGGCACGGCCGCCACCAAACGCAUGAAGGAGCUGGAGAAGGAGAUGGACAGUCUUCGCGAGCAGCUUGCCCUCGCUCAGCAAGCGGCAGAUGCCCAUCAGGACGAGGUGCAGAAAGUGCGCGACGUGUACGAGGCGAAGCUGAAGGAGGCCACAGCGAGCGCAGACGCGUACACGCAGGAGCUGGAGCAAGAGCACGAGAAGGAGGUGGGUGAUCUGGAGGAGGAGCUGGCACAGCUGCGGAAGCAAAUGGAGGAGGCGGUCGCAGCCGCGCGUGCGGAGAUGCAGGCAAGCACAGACGCCCUCUUGGAAGAGCAAAACGCCAAACACGAGAAAGAGAAGAGCGUGCUGGAGGCACACCUGCAUGAGCAGCAGGACGAACAGCAGCGGGUGUUGAGCGAGCACCGCGCUGAGCGCGAUCGCCUCAGCCAGGCGCUCUCUGCUGCUGAGAAGGAGGCGGAGACAGCGAAGAAGCAAGCAGAGGAGCAUGCUGCUGGGGGCGAUACAGUCCGGCAGGAGCUCAACGCAGAGCGCGCGGCCAAGCAGUCGCUCGAGGACGAAUUGCAAGAGCUUCGCGAGCAGCUGGAGGCCUUGAAGCAGCGGCAUGCGCAAGAACUCGCCCGCGUCAAGGAGGAGGCUGCACAGCAGCUGCAGCAAGCACAGGCCGACCAUGCACAGGCCCUUGCCACUGCCCGCGACGAAGCAGAACGCACACGCAAGGAGGAGGUAGCAAAGGCCAAGGAAGAAGCAGCCGCAGCGAUGGCAGCUGCGCAGGCGAAGCACGAGGACGCCCUGGCAGCCGUCAACGCGCAGCUGGAGACAAGGGACGCAGAGGCAAACAAGCUCUCGGAAGCCGUGACUGCCGCAGAAAACGACAGGCGGGACAUGGGCGCCCAGGUGGACGCGCUCACACAGGAGAAGCAGCAGCUUGAGGCGAAGGUGGCCCAGGCAAACACGCAGGCAGAGACGCUGCAGGCUGCGCUGGCCGACCGCGAGCGCGAGCUGAAGGAACAGCGCGGCGCACUCGCAGCGGCGCGCACGCAGGCGGAGGAAGCGACAGAGGAGGCUCGCAAGCAGCGCGAGGCUGGCGAGGUGCUUGCAGGCAAACUCGCCGAGGCAGAGGAGCGGGCACGCGAGGCCGAGCUGGCCAAGGCCACCGCCGCCGCCACUGUGGAAGCGCGAGACCAGGAGCUGGAGACGAGCAAAGCAGCACACGAGGAGGAGCUGGCCAAGCUGCGCGCUGCGCUCGCUGACGACGCGGACAAGCGGGCCGGGGCGCUGGCGGCAGAGCUGGAGGAGGCAAAGGCUGCCGGUGAGGAGGAGAGGAAGCGCGUGCUCGCUGCGCAGAAGGAGACCCAGGAGGUGGAGGAGCAGCUGGCAGCGGCGCAACACGACCUGCAGAGCGCCAGGAGCAAACUCGACUUGUUGGAGUUGCAGCAGCGGGAGGGCGCGGAGCAGGCCGAGCAGACCAAGUCGAGCCUGGAAGCGCGCGUGCGGGACUUGGAGCAGCAGCUGCUGGAUCAGGAGCACGCAGCGCAAGAGAAGCUGGAGACGGCGGAAACGCACCUGCGGUCCACGCUGGAGACCGAGCGCAGCCACUACGACACGGAGGUGGCCCGCUUGCGUGAGCAGCUGGAGGAGGCUCGCACGGCCGCCGCAACCACACGCGCGCAGGUGGAGGAGGAGACGGCAAGCAAGCUUGAGGACGCGCAGCGCAAGUUGGAGAGCGUGGAGACGCUGGCGGCCUCGCGCAAGGAGCGCUACGACAACGAGGUGAAGCUGCUGCGGCUGCGGUGCAUGGAGGCCGAGCGUAAGGAGAGCUCAGCACGCCUGGAGCGGGACAUGCUGUCGCAGAAGAUGGCUGCACUGCAGGCGCGCAAGGAGGAGCUUGAGGCCGAGCUCGACACCAAGACGAGCGCGCACCGCCUCAAGGUGGAGGACCUGCAGCGGCGCGUGUCUGAGGCGGAGACGGAGGCCCGUGAUCGCGCGGUUGCAAAUGCGUCGCUGCUGCGGCGGUUCAGGGAGAUGUCGCUGUCGAACCUGCGCCCGGAGGACGUGGAUCUCAUCUGUGUGCAGGACGAAGAGGCGCGAGCAGCAAACAAGCGGCGGCUACAGGCGCGCAUGGAGCUGGAGGAAGCAGAGGGCCAGCUGGAGGCAGCGCGAAAGGAAGACGCAGAGCACCAGACUCCCGGCACGCGCCAGGCUGUGGAGGACGCACGCGUGCGGCAGCAGCAGGCGCAGGGGCGGUUGCAGCAGGCGGAGAUUGCGUUCCACUCUGCUGCGGAGCGCGCACUGCGACGCCUGCGGGAGGAGGAGGAGGCGAAAGAGCAAGAGGCUGGGGAGGCCUUUGGUGCCGACAGCGGCAGCGCAGCACGCGAGGAGAUGCUGCUGCGCGCACACGCAGACGCGCAGCUGGAGAUUGCGCGGCUGGACCGCGAGCUCAACUCAUCGCGCCGGUCGGCGGAGGACGCGGCGGCCGACCAGAUUAUGGCGUUGCGGCUGGAGCACAGCAGCAAAAUCAAGGAGCUGUCUGACCAGCGGGCAGCUGACCAGCGCCGCUUGCAGGACUUGCAGUCGCUUGUGGAUGAGCUGCGCGCACAGCUGGACGAGCGGGCGCGUGGCGGUGAUGGUCACGAUGGCGGUGCACACCACGGCGAGGCAGCGACUACGAGCAAGGAGCGCAAGCUGUUUGAGAGCGUGGCGGAGUGGGUGAACCUGCUGCUGGAGACGGAUCUGACGGCAGACACGCUGAUUGACGAGCUGCGCGACGGGAAGCUGCUGUGCCAGCUGGCCAACAUCGUUGAUGAGGUGGAGGAGAAGCUGCGAGAGCUUGAAGCGGAGCAGGGCCCAAGCGACGAGGUCGUCAUUACACGCGAGUGCCAGGACAUCACGUCGUUCAUCCGUGAACGCGAUUUGCUUGAGGUGCAGUACCUGGAGGAAGCCGAGCCAGGGAACGAGGCUGCCCUCAGCAACAUCCGCGCAUUUAUCGAGUGGGCGCAGUGCCUUGGCAUCAAAUACCCGUCCGUGUUUGAGGAGGAGGAUCUGGUGCACGAUGAGGACCAUCGCCAAGUUGUCACGGGCAUCAUGGAUGUUGCGUAUCGCGUUCGUGGUCUGCCGCUUCCGCACGAGGUCGAAGACCACCGCGCAACAGCAGAGCCAAUCCGCCUCCCAAGCGAGUCUGGAUCGUACACACAUGUUCAGGGCGAUGAUGUCGACGAACGCGUGGCAGAGGUCCUCAACUUUGUUCCGCAAAUGAAAUCAAAGCUGAAGCGCGUGUCCAAGGGCAAGUAUCAGCUUGGCAACGAGAAGCGGCUGCUGCUGAUGCGUGUGCUGCGGGACAAGGUGAUGGUGCGCGUUGGUGGCGGCUGGAUGGACCUUGAGGAGUAUCUUGUGAAGCAUGCGGAACGCUCCAACGCCAGGAAGGACUACGGUGAACAGGCCCAGGCGACUGUGCAGGACAUUCUCAAGUCCACUGGCGGCCCAGGCCUCUGCAGCACGCGCACCAAGGUUCCCCAGCGCUCACCACGCAAUCGUCUUCGCAAAGCGCGAGCGAGUCGAGCAAGCGACAGUGCGCGUUCCACCCCACACAAGUGAUGUUUUCCAUUGGCGGACCCUGUUGUUCACUAUCAUUCGUUUAGCUGCUUGAACCCAUGCUUCAUCCUACUUUGUACAACCCAAGUUUUAUGUGUGUGUGUGUGUGUCUGUCUGUCUGUGUGUCUGUGUGUCUGUGUGUGUGUGUGUGUGUGGUUGUACUUGUUGUGACUGUCGCUAGAUUAUACACUUGAGUGAUUCCCCGCGUUGCAGUUGUACUUGAAAUCGCCUCCUCGUUGUUCACUGGUUUUUGCUGCUCUUCCAUGUUGUCGUGCUGUCGUCUGGCAUCCCCGUUGUUUCACCUGAUGACUUGUUGCUGACUUGCUCCCUUUGUCUGCCUCCGCAUCUUGUGUUAUGCACAUGCGAAGUUGCUUCUGUUGUCUGUGUCCUUGUUUCUUUUUCUUUUUUUUUUUUGCUGCUCAUGCUUGUCACGUGUUGAUGCUACCUGAAGCAAGCCGCAUGCAUCCUCUUGCCGUUUGCUUCUUGCUUGUUCGCUCCUGUACACAGAGAGAACCACAGUUUGUGAUAGGGAAGCACACAAAAACGCAG